AUGGCCAACAAAACCUCCCUUCCCGUCGUCCUCCUCCUGCUCGCGACCCGUGCCCUCGCUCACGGUGGCCACGACGAAGUGCCUGAAGGCGAAGCCGUCUCCGGAGAGCCCAUGGACAGCACCCUCUGGGCACACAUCCUCAUCCAAGGCUUCGCAUGGGGAAUCAUCUUCCCCACGGGCAUGGUGCUAGGCCUUGUACGUUCACGAUGGCACGUUCCCGCACAAAUAGCCGGAACCGCACUCGCAGUCGUAGGCUACUUCCUGGGCCACCUGCACAAAGGAAGACAGUUUGGGCCGAAUGUACAUGCCAAAUUUGCGAACUGGUUGAUGUUGAUGUUGAUUGUGCAGGUGGUCUUGGGCGUCUACUUGAGACUGCAUAUUGAAAGAGGUUUUCUUGGAAGAGUGAGGAAAGGGUUGGUGAAGGCUCAUGGAAUACUGGGAGGAGUGAUGCCUGUUGCGGCGUGGGUGCAGAUGUUGUUUGGUGGGAUUGCGAGUCAAGGGUUCUGUCAGGGCGAUCAUUUGGGUCAAUGUUUGGCGCAUUUCAUCAUGGGCAGUGCGUUCAUUGCGUACGGCAUCGUUAUGACGCUGCUACUGUUGAAUGGACAAGCUUUCCUGGCAAGAACGGGCAGGAGUCAAGAGUUCUGGGAUAGUUCGGUCAUUACGUUGUGGGGAUGCGUGAACACGUUCACGGAACAUCGCUGGGGAACUGCGUGGGUGAAGAAUGAUCUACAACAUACGACAAUGGGUAUCAUCUGGUGGGCAGCCGGUCUGGUUGGUAUUUGGUUGUCAAGAGAUAGACAGGGACGGCCGAGACGUAACCUUAUCCCAGGAAUGGUCAUUGCGAUGACAGGGUGGGCAAUGAGUGCGCAUCCGCAAGAGCUGAUGCUCAGCACGCAUGUGCAUUCGGUAUUUGGAUACACCCUCAUGGGCGCUGGCUUCACAAGGAUUAUCGAGAUCAGCUUCGUGCUCAGGGACAAGACGACCCUAGUCGGAGCGGACGGCGGCGACGUGGAUGCUGAGAUCAACAGCUUCCAGUACUUGCCGCCCUUCUUGCUGUACGCGUCUGGAUUCCUGUUCAUGGGCGCCACCGAAGAACAGGUGAGUAGUAGCACGAGCUUGAGACCAAGCCAUAGAUUCAGGCUAACCGUUUUCCGCCGUAGAUCAAGGUGCUGUCUGAUGCGGGUGUCACGCAUGUGUCAUACAUCCUGAUCCUGUACAGCGUGGCCUUCAUACUAUUUCUACGUAAGUGAUUCCUGUCUGCCUUGCUAUCUCAACUCACUGACCCCUUCCAGUCGUGCUGAUGCUACUACGCCUCUACUCGGCACACAAGGAUCCAAAUUCAAACAGCAACCGUAACGUUAAGCUCGGCGAUGAAGAGCGAGCGCGCGCUAAUGGCCACCUGCGGAUACCCAACGACCUGGAUAGACAGUCCCACGAUGCUCAGGAGUUCGAGCUCGACGGACUCAUAAGUGACGGCGACGACGACGAUACAGACGCACUGAAGCAUCAGGCGAACGGGAGACCGCGGGAUUCAUGA